UGCUGAACUGAGCGGAGGUGAAGAAGAGGAGGAUGAAGCUGGGAGCGGAGGAUGGGAGGAAGAGUGGAGUAAGAGACAGGCUAGCUGUGUGUGAAUGAGUGAGUGAGUGAGGAAGAGGAGAGGAAGGUCGUCGGAGGGACCGAAAACAAAGACUCGAACAUUUCGGGGAGAACCUCCGGAACAUUACUAACGGAAACUUUCAACUUUUUACCCGCCACAUCUCGGCUUGUUGUGUCCGGAGCCGGCUUUGUUUCACGGCGGGGGUGUCUGCGAUAAAUGAAGGAAUAAAAUAGAUCCACAUCGACCUUUUUCCACCCAAGCGGGGAAUACCCUGGGACUGCUUUUGAUAAAGGUUACGAGAGAAUGGCGGCCAACAUGUACCGAGUGGGAGAUUAUGUGUACUUUGAGAACUCAUCCAGCAACCCUUACCUGAUCCGCAGAAUAGAAGAACUCAACAAGACAGCCAAUGGGAACGUGGAGGCGAAGGUGGUGUGUCUGUUCAGGAGGCGAGACAUCUCAGGAAACCUCAACACCCUGGCCGACAGCAAUGCAAGAGAAUUCGAGGAGGAGUCGAAGCAGCCAACGCUGUCGGAACAACAGAAACACCAGCUCAAACACAGAGAACUCUUCCUGUCGCGACAGUUUGAAUCUCUACCUGCUACUCACAUACGGGGCAAAUGUAACGUCACCCUCCUCAAUGAAACAGACGUCCUGGCCGGCUACCUGGAGAAAGAGGACUGUUUCUUCUACUCGUUGGUGUUCGACCCUGUCCAGAAGACCCUGCUGGCAGACCAGGGCGAGAUCCGGGUGGGCUCCAAGUACCAGGCAGAGAUCCCCGACAAGCUAGCAGAGGGCGAAUCAGACACAAGGGUCCAGGAGAAGCUGGAGACCAAGGUGUGGGACCCCAACAACCAGCUCAAAGACCCUCAGAUCGACCAGUUCCUGGUGGUGGCAAGAGCUGUGGGGACGUUUGCUCGCGCCCUGGACUGCAGCAGCUCCAUCCGCCAGCCCAGCCUCCAUAUGAGCGCAGCUGCAGCCUCCAGAGACAUCACACUGUUCCAUGCAAUGGACACGUUGCAGAAGAACAACUACGACCUGGCCAAAGCCAUGUCCACCCUGGUCCCUCAGGGCGGCCCGGUGCUCUGCCGCGAUGAGAUGGAGGAGUGGAGCGCCUCCGAGGCCAUGCUGUUUGAAGAGGCUCUGGAGAAAUACGGCAAAGACUUCAACGACAUCCGUCAGGACUUUCUGCCCUGGAAGUCUCUAGCCAGUGUGGUCCAGUUCUACUACAUGUGGAAGACCACCGACCGCUACAUCCAACAGAAACGACUAAAGGCAGCAGAGGCAGACAGCAAGCUGAAGCAGGUGUACAUCCCCACCUACACCAAACCCAACCCCAACCAGAUCAUGGUUCCAGGCAGCAAGCCAGGCAUGAACGGAGCAGCAGGCUUCCAGAAAGGACUCAGCUGUGAGAGCUGCCACACGGCCCAGUCUCCUCAGUGGUAUGCCUGGGGGCCUCCCAACAUGCAGUGCAGACUGUGCGCCUCCUGCUGGAUCUACUGGAAGAAGUACGGAGGCCUGAAGACCCCCACACAACUAGAGGGCGCUGCUCGAGCUGGCUCUGAGGCAGGCCCCCGCAGUCACAUGACACGCCAGGAGGUGCAGGGCAUGUCGCCGUUCACCCGCAACGAGGGCCGAGCUAAGCUUUUGGCCAAGAACCGUCAGACGUUCAUCCUGCAGACCACCAAGCUGACCCGCAUCGCUCGGCGGGUGUGUGAGGACAUCCUGCAGCCUCGCCGCGCUGCACGGCGACCCUACGCCUCCAUCAACGCCAACGCUGUCAAGGCUGAGUGUAUGAUCCGGCUGCCCAAAGCCACAAAAACUCCUCUAAAGAGCAAGUUGGUGCCUCGACAGUCGCUGGCCAACAUCGUGAAGGAUUUAGCCAUCUCAGCUCCUCUGAAACUGAAGGCGUCCAGAGGACCCCCCACACCCAUCAACAGGAACCAGGCCAGCCAGCCCCGCGUGGGCCAAAGCCUGCUGGGAAAGAGGGGCUUUGACAGCGCUACAGGGGUGCCCUACCCAGCCAAUGGGAGGCCGUAUACUUCAGGUAUGAGGACCACCUCGCAGUCGGUCAUCAAGCGGCAGAAGGUCAGCCAGGGGGAGGCCCCCAACCCUGUGGUGUUUGUGGCUACAAAGGACACCAGGGCUCUGAGGAAACACCUGACCCAGUCUGAGAUGCGUCGGGCAGCGAGGAAACCUCACCUCCUGGUCCGGAUCAAACUGCCGCCACCCCCCCGCUCCCUGGCCAUGCCCCUGCUCCCCUCCAGCACCAGCGAACCCAUCGUCCUGGAGGACUGAGGUGGAGGGACUGGGGGUCUUUUAACAGGACACGGGGGUCGGGUGGGAGUCGGGUCGGGUCUGUGCUCAGGCCGUCACUUAACAGGCAGCACAGUGCGCCAUACCUGUAGUCUUUUCUUUUCCCUCUUGCCAGUGUCAUUUUUCUUUAGUCCUCUGUUACUUCCCAAAAGUUGACGUGUCCAACACACACACACACACACACACACACACACACACACACACAAGCACACAAGCACUUAAACGACUGUACAUUUCCAUCAUAUUAAACACACACACAUAAACACACCGACACUGACACAACACCUUGGGCUUUGUAGUCUUUUCUUCCGAUCCUGGAUUCUUUUGCUCCCCGUUUCAAUGCCGCCUGUUUUUAAAUGUGUAAUUUAAACCAAGAUAUUUCUCAUCCUGAAACUAUGGUGACGAAGCACACUUUGUUUUUCCUCCACGGCUCUAUCUUUGUGUAAAUAUAUGCACCGUUAAAGUGUGUGAGGAGGAUGGGGGGUGGGGAGGUGGAGGCUGAGUGGGACAGCUGCAGCUGGCCGAAGGUCAAAUUUGAUUUGAUUUCACUCAUAUGCUCCACUGAUCCAUUAAGUGUAGCUCAUGUUCAUAGGUGAAGUUGAAGAGACAUGUUGACAGAGCAGAGCAGAGUGUUUGAUCCAUUUACCGAUAUUUUUCUUUUCUGAGUGUGUAACUUGUCGACUUUCCCAUCAUCAGCAAGGAGCCAAACACAACCUGUCACCGAGGUUAAUAAUAAAUGUUGACAGGUCAAAUCCUCUCCUGCACCUCACUCCCUCAGUGUCAGCAAUAUUCAGUGAGCACAGAACAACUUGAGUGGUGUAAAAGUCGAGGUUUAGACAUAGUGGUGAUAGAAUGUGGAGUGUAAUCCAGUCCCUUCAGGAUUUCACAGGCUGUUUGGGGGGAUUUUGGGCAGUGUUUCACAAAAAAAAAAUUGCAGUGCAAGUUGCAGUGUUUGAAGGUGUUUUCUCUCCUUACAUGGUUAACACGAGCUGACAUAACACAUUUAGAUCUCAUGCGGACUUGUCAUAUGUUGUUGCUUGAGCAGAAGCCUCGCAGCAGCGUUUAAAA